AUGUCUUCCACAUACUUGCUAGUGUUGCUACUGGGACUGGUGGUUCUCACCACCCCGUCUCUUGCUGACUACCCCAAGCAUCCCCCAGUUCAUAAACCACCUACGGAGCACCAGCCCCCGGUUGAGAAACCACCUACGGAACACCAGCCGCCAACUAAACCUCCCAAGGGAGAGGAGCCACUCCCUGAACACAAGCCACCAAGUCCAUUUGGCAAACCACCCCAAGGAGAGAAGCCACCACCAGAACACAAGCUAUCUGACAAAACCCGUAAACUUCUUGAGGGAGAGAAGCCGCUCCCAGAGCACAAGCCAGCAAGCCCAUUUGGCAAACCACCUAAGGGAGAGAAGCCGCUCCCGGAGCACAAGCCAGCCAGCCCACUUGGCAAACCUCCUAAGGGAGAGAAGCCACCUCAUUAUGGUCACAACCCUGGGCACCCUCCAGCAGAGAGUGCUGAAGACUCAUACAAGCCACCUCAUACGAUUAAGCCUCCUUCAACUCCAACAAAAAAACCACCAGUUCCAGGAAAGAAGCCACCAACUACCCAGAAGCCACCGCACAAACCACCAUCUCCCACCCAUCCCAACUGA